AUGUCUCUCCCUAACAUCUGGCAUCUGCGCCGCGUAGCCGACACCGCCGCCAAAGCAUGCUACGUCUGCUACAAACCGUCGACGAGCGUGUUGAUCACGCCAGACAACAAGGUACCCCACGUCGCUUGUCGCAUACUUAAGCAUCAGCCACUGACAAAUCAGGACUUCUUCUACGUGUGUCCGUCGCAUCUAAAGGACAAGCACUUCUGCUCGCCCAUCGUCGACGCCGAGGACCAGGCGGCGAAGAAAAAGCAGGAAGCGAUGGCGCGGGAGAUCGAAAAGGUGAAGAAGGAGUAUGAGGAGAAGCAGAAGAAGAAGCAGAAAGAGAAAGAGAAGAAGAAAGAAAAGGACCAGAAGUCUGACGAUGCCGACAAAAAGACCGAAACUACCGACAAAUCUGACGAGAAGGAGCGAGAUGAGAAGAUCGAAUCCAUUCAAAAAGCCGAAUCUGGUAAUCCGUCUACACCAGAUGAUUCGCCCCGCGUCUUUGCCCUGCACAAAAACUUCUACCAGAUGCGCAUCGACCGGAUACGCAACGCCGAAGCCGCCAGACGCAAUCGCCAGCGUCUGCAGGAUCCGUCUUUCUUUCCGUCCGUGCCGACAGGGGGCAUCUGA